CCCGCCCCGCCCCACCCCUCCGCGCCUCUCCGGUUUCCUGAGCUGCAGGCUGCUGGGGAGAAGCGGUGGCGUCUUGCAACCCCCUCGGCUGGGCCCCGGGGUAAUUCGAUGCGGGCCUGGCGAGGCUCCCCACGCUAGACCGGGGCUCGCGUCUCGGCAGCCUCCACCCACCGGCCCACCCUACAUUUAGCGCAUCAUGUGAUCCGGGAUCAAUGUGACUCUGUUAACAAAUGGAUGAAUGAGUAUCCAUAUGAAGAGGAAAACGAUAAAGAAUACCAACACCUUUGAGAACAGAAUGUUAAUGCUUGAUGGGAUGCCGGCAGUCAGAGUCAAAACAGAGCUUUUGGAAUCUGAACAAGGGGAAUCGAACUCAUGACUGCACACUUGCAAGGAAGGCGCUUAUGCCGCUGAGCUAAAUCUCCAGCCCUGUCUAUGUAAUUCUUAAAUAUAUGACAAAUGUAAUUUCAUUCUUUUAUGGAACAGCUUCAAGAGAAACAAUCUGCAUUCUGUACUGAAAAGUAUUAGAGCUUAAUGUUUGAUCACAGUAUUAAUAAUUUGUAAUAUUUUACAGCUGCAACUUAAAAUAGGAAAUAAAAUCUAGAAUUUCAGUGAUUUUCAUUUUUGACUACUUUGGGUUUUUCAAAAUGGUGAUGGAGUAGAUGUUGUCUACCAUAUAAUUUUGGAAUGUUCAGACCUGUUUUUGAAGACAUAGGUCUAAAAUUCUAAUAAUAGAGUUUUUUAUACCUAAAGAUUGUUUGAAGUUUGAUUCUUUAUAAGAAAAUAUAAACUUGCUAGUGAAAUUUAAGUAAUCACAUAUUUUGAAAAAGAUAAGACAUGUUUUUGAAUAAAAAAUUACAGAAACUUGACUAUGUCUCAGCAGUGAAUACGAAAACCUGAAGUUGAUACAUCAACAGAAUCUGUAAUCACUCUGAAAAAUCUAAGUUAAAGACCCUGGCCUUAAAACAGACGUUAAACUUCAGUCUUCAGGAAAGAAAAUUGAUGUUUCUUUCAGGCUGCAGGCAGUGUUUUAAAGAUAGGCCUUCUGUUUCUGUGCACUAUGGAGUCUCCAAACGUCCACAACUACCCCGAUAUGGAAGCCGUGCCCCUGUUACUAAAUAAUGUCAAAGGGGAGCCUCCAGAGGACUCGUUAUCUGUAGAUCAUUUCCAAACACAAACUGAGCCCGUGGACUUGUCAAUAAACAAAGCCAGGACAUCACCCACCGCCGUUUCCUCCUCCCCAGUUUCCAUGACCGCCUCUGCCUCCUCGCCUUCUUCAACUUCAACCUCUUCUUCAUCUUCCAGUCGCCCGGCCUCAUCCCCAACUGUUAUCACAUCAGUAUCUUCAGCCUCGUCCUCGUCAACAGUAUUAACUCCAGGACCCCUUGUGGCCUCUGCAUCUGGUGUGGGAGGCCAGCAGUUUUUGCACAUUAUCCAUCCCGUACCGCCUUCGAGUCCCAUGAAUUUACAGUCUAACAAACUGAGUCACGUUCACCGCAUCCCUGUGGUGGUGCAGUCGGUGCCUGUUGUCUACACAGCCGUACGUUCACCUGGAAAUGUGAACAACACUAUUGUCGUGCCGCUUUUGGAGGAUGGGAGAAGCCAUGGCAAAGCACAAAUGGACCCCCGAGGCCUAUCUCCCAGACAAAGUAAAAGUGACAGUGAUGAUGAUGACCUGCCAAAUGUGACCUUAGAUAGCGUUAAUGAAACUGGAUCUACGGCCCUUUCCAUAGCCAGAGCAGUACAAGAAGUACAUCCAUCCCCGGUGUCAAGGGUCCGAGGAAAUCGAAUGAAUAACCAGAAAUUUGCUUGUUCAAUUUCACCGUUUAGUAUUGAGAGCACAAGACGCCAGAGACGGUCUGAAUCCCCAGACUCCCGGAAACGGCGGAUCCACAGAUGUGACUUCGAGGGAUGCAACAAAGUGUACACAAAAAGUUCUCACCUGAAAGCUCACCGGAGGACACAUACAGGGGAGAAGCCCUACAAGUGCACCUGGGAAGGCUGCACCUGGAAGUUCGCCCGCUCGGAUGAACUGACGAGGCAUUACCGCAAACACACGGGAGUGAAGCCAUUCAAGUGUGCGGACUGUGAUCGCAGCUUUUCCCGGUCAGACCACUUGGCAUUGCACCGCCGGAGGCAUAUGCUGGUGUGAGGAGGGCUGCCUGUCCAGCUAGGGUAAGAGCUGGAUCUCUUCGUGGCACCUAAUUCAGCAGGGCUGAAUCCCCUUCACAGUGUUAACACAAAGGGCAUCACCAUCCCACGAUGUCUGAAACCAGAGCAGGAACAAGAAGGAACGCUUCUCCUCUCGAUCUGAAGGUAACCCCCGUCCUGACUGCUCGAGAGAUGUCCUCACGCUGGCCUGGGAGUUCAGCGAUGCAAAUGCUGAAGAGACAGGCAUUGUUUUCCAUGCUGUGUCCUCUGCCAUUUAAAGAUGUUUGUAGCCUAUACAUUUUCUGAGCUGUCAGACGAUUUGUUAUCAGUACCUUAAAGAUCAUCUACCACAAAUUGAUGACUAGAGCAAGACCUUUUAAGUUUGGAUAACUCUCAUCACACCCUACUCUUAACCCCUCUAAAAAAAUUUUUGAGUUCCUACCUAAGUAAGCUAGAACACAGAACACACAUCCAGUCUGUUACCAGCAAGCAGCUUGAACGUAAAAAGGAAGAAGUUGUUGGAGAGGUUCCAUUUCCUGAAAAUAAAGGCACACUCGAGCAGCCCUUUGCAGUAGUGAUGGCAGCAACUAGAUACCACUUGCAAUUUGUCAUCUUCCAUGCCCUGAAGAAAACCAACAUUGAAUCCUUCAUUUGUUUGUCAUUGAUUGUUUUCGUUUUGUUUCAAUUCCGUUUUGUUCAUCUGUUCAAGCAGAGGGGCAGCGACAUUUCAGUUGAAGUCUAGUUCUGGUCUCUGCCCUGACAUGGACUGGCACCAAGAUGUUCAGUAGUUGAAUAGGAAGAGCCUGUCUAAAAAAAACUCCUGCCCCACUUCAAAUUGCAGUGUUCUGUCACCUAGGCAUCAUUUCUUCCUACCCCUAGUGUUUGAUUACAAGGAAUCAGGGGAAAAAAACUUCCUUAGACACGCUGGCACCAAGGGAAGCGGUGGGGCUACCCAGGCAAAGUCAGUGCACAUGAAAAAUCAGACAAAGCAGAGAUGGAAAUAAUGCGCCUCUUGAGGAGAAAAGCAAUAAUGAAUAAAAGGACUUUGCUACAAUAACUUCACUGAGGACUCACGUUACCAAUUUUCAUACUUACUAAAGGGAUGGUAAAAAACACCCCAGCAUUUUAGAUGUCUUGGUUACAUUUACAGCACUGAGGUAAUCUUUCUGCUGUUUGUUGUCCUGCUUGGUUGAAGACCACAAUUAAAGAUUAUGCUCCCCUUUUCUUGUUUGAAAACAGUUAUUUGGUUUCAGGAAAGGCAAAGGAGACAGCUGAGAAUUAACUCUUGAUGAAUGGGUCAUUUCUCCUUGGAACCGAGGUGGUGAGAAGGGAACGCUCCCCCUAGAAGGCUGCCAUGGUGCUAGCUUCCUCCCUCGGAGAGCCAAGGAUAAGUGACUCUCCGGUAGGUUCUCCUGUACACGUUUCACUUUUUAAACUGCGCUAGGACCCAGUGAUCCUCAUUGGCAUCUGCAGGGAUAUUGAAUCUAUUCAUCCUGGGAUGAGGAUGAGAGGGAAGUAGAAUCCCAUCCACCCUCUAAAAUCUUGAGCCUUUUGCAGUAAACAAAGCAAUGCAUCACCGACAAGCAUUCUUUCUGAAAAAUUAUCAUACUUUUUGUCCCCACUAAAAGCUGGGUUUUUUCCAGCUUUCUGUGGCUAAGGGGCUUGGUAAGAUUUUUGUUGUUGUUGUUUGUUGUUGUUGUUAAGCUUUUUUAUAGGUUAGAUGUACAAGGUCUCCACCAAAGACCUUUGCACAUACAUUUUAAUUGCAAACACUUGAUUUGGGGAAUUUCACAGAUCAACCUCACAGUAUUCCUAGCCCAUUUUUAAAAUGUUUGAACAUUCUGAAAUCAUUUCCAGUGACCGAAUGAUCCUUUUUAAAGAUCAUCUUCCAAUACGGAUAGUCUUAUUCUGAUGGUGCAAGAACCAUGAACAUUGCAAUGAGGAUGAUUAGUGUUGGAUGGUAUGAAAAGGAAUUUCAGAUUAAAUUCUCGCUUCACAAAUAUGUGCUCUAUAUUUUCUGCCAGGUCUGAAAAAUUCAGGUAAUUUCCCUCCGAAAAGGGCUGCAAUUCUAUUGAUAGCUUCCUCAGCUACAUAAUCUGCUACCACCAACCAGUGUUUUUUGUUGUUGUGUUUUGUUUUGUUUUGACCAACUGGAACAUUUUAUUUGUACUGUAUGCAACUCCUAUUUUUCAUUGCCUAUAACUAUUCAGGAUAGAAAAAGGUUUCCUGGUGCAUGUUAACAUUGGUUCCUGGUUAAUGGCGAAGAAUACAGAGAGGAACAAAUACAACUAUGAAUCCCCAAGGCUUGCCAAACUUGUUGGCAAUAAUAGGGGAAUCAUCAAGUAAACUGUAGAUGUGAGUUGGUCCUACCUGCUCUCUAAAGAGCCAACCCUUUUCUCUAUUGAGAGGCGUCUUGAGAGUAUUGCAAGUAGACAAGGCUUUUAGAAUUCGUUGAACUGACAGGCAGUGGAGUCUUCCCGACUGACAGCUUGAUUUAAAGUUAGCACAGAAUUAAGUGAGCUGCACUUGUCUAAUAACUUCAGAAAGAGUUGGGUAAGUGAGCUUUUUCACCUUCCAAAGUGGAAACCAGACUGAGAUUGUAAGUUAACUGAUCAAACCUAUCACCGUUGCACCAUUUCCCUUUUUGACAUAGCAGUUCUUCUAGAAGGAAUCCAAGCACAAGUAAGUGAAUGAGUCUCUGAGCUACCCCUGGAAUUGAAACCUUUUUGGGGCUUGUUUUGAGACAAAGAAAAUUCACUUUGGUGAGUUUCCUAAAAGUAUUUUCCCAUGUAAAGGAAAGUAGUUUGGAGUAGAAGGGUAUCUUUAGGCACAGAAAAAUCUCCAAUCCAUAUCAUGUGCCAUUUCUAGCUUCUUUGGAAAAGCACAGUGCAUGAUGAACUAUAGGAAAGGGAUAGAAUCUUAAAGUACUUUUAAGGUUUUCUCUAACUAGAAGCAUUCAUUAGUUUUCAAUUUGCAGCAAGAGAUGCGUGCACAGUGGGGCACUUUGAUACACAUACUCAUCUGAGAGUCACCUAAGCUGCAGGAGAGCUGACUCUCUCUUUGCAUUUGCAGAGACUGAUUCAAGGAUGUUAAGGCACUUGAAAAGUUAGGAGACUCGUGCUCACAGUUUUAACAGAACCCCUUAUAGUCUGACCUUAAAUUGUUUGGAGAGAGAUUCAUACUUCUCCAUCCAUCUCCUGCCUCAUUUUGCUGACUGUGUACUCCAUUUGGUAACUUGUCUUAAGUUCUAUUAAGGCACUGAGACUGAGAUUCCUAAAUGACUUUACCAUAAAGAGUAUACUACUGCCUUUAUAAAACACAUAGGAUUUUUUUUUCCAGAAACAGUUAAAUACCAGUAACAUAACCCCCAUUUUUUUUUUUUUUUUUUUUUUUUUUUUUUUUUUUUUUUGUGAAUGAGCACUUUUUAUUCACUUUAAAAUUUAAGUGAGAAAUAGGAAGGUAGAUUGUCAGGGGAUAAACUCACAAAAUGCCACAGUGUUUACAGAUGCCAGUUUUAGGAUGAUAUGCUUGAAAUUUGGAAAAGCUUGUGCAAAGAUUGUGUUCACUUUUAUAUAAUUCAUUUUAACUUCAAAUUGCCAUUUAUGUUUCAAAGUAAAUAGAAUUCUGCACUUUGAAGUCAGUUCAUUAGAAUGAUAACAUGUAUAUGGAUAAAGAUGCAGUAUUCCUUAAUCUGUACUUUACUUACCAAAGCUGAAAUUAAAUAAAUCUGGUGAGGUGAGGCCUUCAAAUGUAUUCACAUGCUUUUCUUAUGUUGUUAUGACUGCUUAGAAAUGUAGCCAUGAUGUUGAUACACGACUGUCUUAACAUUUACAGUGAGCACUAACAGAACUGAAGCAGUAUUAACAGACCAGCAUCCAUGCUCUCGCCUGCAUAGAAGGGACCUAAUGUGAGAUAAUUUUAAUACAUCAUUAAUAAGCCUUAAUAUCCAUAGUUCAUGAUCUACUCUCAGAUUUCAUUCUUUACUAAUACCUACAAAUUAUUAGAUAAAUGUGUUCUGUUAUAUCACUGAGCAACUGUCUUCCUCUAGUUUUUCUGAAGUAAUACAUACCUUUUAACAAAGCCUUUUCAGUUUGACUUGGUUUAGUUUAGAAAGCGGUUGGUGAGUCCUGUCUUCCAUGGUACGUUUCUACUUGUCCCCACACUGCCUUCCACUUACCUGGACACACAGCCCCAAAAUAUGCACACAUGUGCACACAUGUACAUGCAGCAGCUGGUGGGCUAGUAAAUACCAACAAAGAACUUUUGUAAAAGAAUUUGUAAUAAUCCAAGCUAUCUAGAAAUGUAAAGUUCUUACCUUGCUAGGAAAUCAGCUUAUAAGACUAUGUAUGACUUGCCUGCAUUUUAUAGUUAAGAAAUGUACAUAAAAAUUAAAAAUGCUAUAUUUUCACAGUUUCAUUAUAGAGUAAUAUUGUUUAGCAACUCAUGUCCAUUGGUAUUUUGACUAUGCUAAAUACUGAGCAAUUACUAUAGAAACUCAGAUUUUCAUAAGAAGAUGAAAUAGAAGGAUACUGCAUCUUUAAAAAAUAGAGUGAAGAUAUUUUACUGUAUUCGUAAUGUGAUAAUGGAUAAAGUAUUUUCAAACACGCAAGUUUUACAGAAGUUGUAAAUAGUUUGAUGAAGUAUGUUGGGGAAAAGAGCUUCUAGUUUUCAUCACAAUAAGAAUAAGAAACUUGUUCAGAUAUGCCUUGAAUAGCUUCCACACAAUUAGUGAUAUUGCCAUGGACUUUUGUCCCACUGUCUCAGAGUAUGUUCUUUGUGCUCUGUCAAAAUGGAAUGACCACUUGUCAUGGUUUAGCCAAGAUGGUUUAAAACCCAGUGAAGUCAUUUUAAAACUUGCUACAGACAACUAAUUCCAAACUCAUAAUGUCUUUUCCUGAACAAGGGGAAAUAGUUAUACAGGAUUUUACUUGUGCUACGAGCUUUCAGCAGCCUGUCAUCUUCCUCCUCAACUAAGUGGUUCUUCAUCACAAAACUGUGCAGGUGUUAUCCUUGUUUAAUUCCAGAGAGAUCGCUUUUAGGUAUCGCUUCAUGUUGACAAAAUUAAGUGCUGUGGAUAUGGCCACAUGUUAAAUGAAUUUAUACUGGCAACAGGAAUAAGCUAAUGCCCAUUUUCAGAAAUGAAUUAAAUACUGAAAGUGCCUGUCAAUAAAUAUGACCAAUGAGAUAUUCCUAUACUUUUACAGAGCAAUAAUUCUUCAUCAAACUCGGGUUUUCCUGUACAUUUUGAAAACACAUACACACAGAAUAAAUGUAUGCACAUAGUAAAUUAAAUCCAUUCCUAUAUCCACAGUGGGGAUAAAGCAUUUGUCUGUUAGGUAUAACUAAUCUUAUUUGCAAGUAACAUUUCCUAAUUUGAUUUUUCUUGCAGAAUGUAAGAAUACAAAUGUGAAUAUUGUGGUUAUCUUCAUGCACCAGCCAUGUGGCAGUUAAAAUUUGCAAAUAAAAACGUGAUUGUGAUUUGCCCCAAAUUGUGAAAUAGCAUGCAUGGCUCAAAAAGUUUUGCUCAGUUAAAAAUACCUGUUUAUUUAGAGCAAAACACUGAGGGACAUUUUCUGCUUACUUAUCCAAUGCACAAAUUUAUAUUUAGUUUCUUUCUUCUUUUUUCCCAAGUACUUCCUGUUGUCAUCUAAGAACCACUUUGGGAUAAAUAUUUAUAAAAAUCACAUCCCCAAAAAGUCUGCCAAAGUACUACUGAUACUUGGUAAAUCUAGUCUCUGACUAGUUUUCCCAUUAGUCUGGAGAAUUACCUGAUUUACAUUCAGAAGUUCAUGAUUUUCCUAAAUUUAGUUUACUGCUAGGAGUGAAGUCAUGGGUAGAAAUAUACAAGAAUCAGACUCUGUGAAUAGACAUGAACCCUGGAAAUUCUCCAACCAUGCCAUCUCAGAGCACAAAUUCACCCAAACAAGCUGUUGAGGCUAUCAGCAAAAUUAUACACUUUCCAAGCCAAACAUUUGGUCAGAGUAAUUUUAAAAUUAUGACUGUCAUUAAGUCCUCAGGCUUUAGGUGGUGUAGACUACCACGAUAGAUAGCAUUCUCCAGGCCCAGACCACAAGCCUAGAAAACCAUCCACUCUUUUCUCCUCCACAUUGUAGAGGGGAAGAAAGGAGAAGGAAGGACACCAGGGCAGGGGAUUGAAAUAGCCAGUCGCGCAUCACAAGAAGCUGGUGUGUUCCUUGCUCUCCCUGGAGUGAAGUCUUCUGACUGAGCUGCUGUCUGCAUGUGGUCUGAAUACACUAAAAUCCUUGGGAGACCAAAACUUCCAACAAUAAAAAUUAUAGCUGUUUUUUUUUUUUAUUAAACAUGACAUGCCAGGCACAGUGCUAGACGUUUUUAGGUGCAUAACUUCUGAUUUUUACAACAACUCUACAUGUUGUGGAUGGGAAUCUGAGGUACAAAGAUGAUGUCCAUGGGCACAGAGGAAGGAAAUACCUGAGUGGGGAUAUGAAACCACUUGUCUGAAACUCUGAAGACUUGUCCUUUCAAAUGUCCCCUACAGGAUGUGUAUCCCUAGAAACACCUCUCCAGGCUCUUAAGUUUUAUUAUGGGCACUCUGAAAGAGUAGUUGUUUUCCAAGCAGGAAAGGAUAAGAACACAUGAUUUGACAAUGGUGUAGAAUAUUUGAAAUCAGGCAGGCCUUGCCUAGAAAUUCACAUAUGAAGGAUUGUCAUAACAACAAGAAACAACUUGAGUGUCUCCCUGAACGUGUCACUUUCCUCCCAAAUGUUUGGCCUGGAGCUUAAGAAUCAUCAAAAUUUUUUCCAAUUUACUAGCAUUUUUGCCUGUGUUGGUUUUACACAUGUAGUCCAGUCAGAAUCUACCUCCAUGGAGCUGGUUAUUAAUUCAGAACUCCUUUCUAGGUGUUAGUGGAAUGGCAAUCACAAACAUUCAGCUGAUACUCAAUAGAUAAUUCAUGUUCAGAUUUCUCACUUAACAGCACUGUCUUGAAAUGCUUUAAAUAAUCUUAUAAAUAAUUCGUUUAUAGUAUUGCUAGUUUAAUUGAGUUUUAUGUGAGAAGCUGUCUAACAUCAGAGAAAUGAAAUCCUUUCCCUUCCAUGUAGAACAAGGUCUCUGACAGUAUUGAUUCAUGGAAGUACUAAUGGACUUUGAAAACAUUAAGAGAAUGUCAUUUCUCAUAGUGUUUCUUUUCCUGAAAAUGAAUCCUCUGAAUUAUGAUCUUUCUCCUUGUUACUUGGCCGAGGGAAGAGAUAAAACUUAUAUAAACAAAUUCUCUUCCACGCUGAAAGCAAGUGUUCUUUGCAGAUGGGGGCUCUUCUCAGCUAAUUGGGUUUCACCAGCAAUAAUUUCUCAAUGACAAAAGCACCACUUUGAGUUGAAAAGAGAUGAAUAGCGGAAAUAAUCACAUCCGUACUUCUUUCUGGAUUUCAUCUCUAGAAAUUUGAAGUGUUUUAGACCACAGAAUUUGCCCUUUGUGCAAAGAACAAACCAGUGACCGGUGAAUUACCUUUUUCCAAACCAGGCUAACCAAGACUUUCACAGAGAUUCAUUUUUAUUGAGAAAUGAGGGUGAAUAUGGAAGGAUAGAAUUUGAGUCCAAAUCUAAUAGUAAAAAAUGUCCAAGUAAUCAAAAACUAAACAUUUUAAGGACAUAGUAAUAUCUUCCCUUUCUGCUAAUUUCAUGCUCUAAAGAUAGAACAUAAAAACAUUAUAGAAAAUGCUUUUGCUCCACUCUUUUCAAGUUUUCCCAUGGCAGAAUUUAUGAUUACAUCCAUACCAUAGAAUUAUAUUUUGUUCCUCAAACCUUACUACGUUUGAUGGGUAUUGUUGAACUGGGGCACUGGUGCCUAUGUACAAGGCUCUUUCCUAUCAACUUGUCUGUCCACGAUUUGUUGUGUUUAAAGAUUCAUUUUUAGAAACCACUGUCCCUCUGCCCCCAUGGGAUGCCAGCUGUAUUGUUUUGUUCAUGUCUAUGUGGGACACAUUGCAUCACGUAACAAACCAACUCUGUGGAUGUGAGAUAACUACUUAACAAAGCCAGCUUGAAAACAUCGUCUUAUGUAUUAUGUCAUCCUGCCUCAUAAUGCAAUUAUGUGUAUCAUGGUCAUUUUUUAAAAAGAGAAACCAGCAAAUUCAUGUUUGUCCAUAGAAGAAUGUACUCAGAACUUUCUGUGUCGUGAAAUAAUGAGAACAGACCACCUUUAAGAUAUCCACCUGCCACUUAAACUGACUUAGUUGUAAUUAGUAGUAGUCUAGACUUUGCUCUCGGUGUGUGGGGGUCAAUUCAAAUGUCAUAUUCUUUUGAAUAAAUCUCUCAGUCAUAUUUGAAAAAAUACACGUGAAUAAAGAAAAAUGUGUUUUUUGGCCAAAUCAAGCAGGCAUCUCUUUUGUUUUCCUUGACACUUAGCUCAUUACACAUGGUGAUUGGAUCACAAGACCUUUCUGUGUAAAAAUACAAAAAUGGUUUUUAGUUUACAAAGCAAUUAUUCUAGGCUCACAGCCUCUGAACAGCAAACUGAAUAAACGGCUGCGUCUGAUUUACUUUAGGGAUGUAACUUACGAAAGACUCACGGGGCUCUGAACCCAGAGAGCUAGGUGCCCAGAGGAGACCCUACACAUUAAAGGGUAAAGUCCCCCAAUGAUGAUGGCAAGCAAAUGUGUUGAAUUCUUAAAUCUUCAUUUGGUUUUCUGUUCAGAGUUUUAAUUGCAAAUGAAUUUAUUUCUCCAGCUUAUCUAAAGUUCUAAUUUCCUAAUAGUUUCCUCUGCAUUUAUAUACUCUGUAGUGUUUAGGCAACCCCUGUUAUAAGUUUAUUAAUAUUAUGUAAGUGUUGUUCUUGUAUUUAUGUAUAGUGUAUGUAUUGUAAAUAUAUUCAGAGCUUUUUUCCUUUUACUGUAAAAUGGUGAUUUUUUUUCUUUUUUGCCCUAUGAUAAUGUAAAGGGAGACCCUCCUAAUGAGAUUCUCUCAGAGGAUGAUUAUUCCAGUCUAUUCUCAGAGAUUUAAAUGAACAAGUGUUAUCGUUUUUAAUGGUGUCUCAGACAUAUUCUGUUGGUGCAUUGCUUUUCUGUAUUCAACUUUCCUAUGAAUUGAGCUGUGAACCGAAAUAGAGUUUAAACCUUUAACUGUAUGCAUUUGUAUAAUUAUCUGAAUGAAGGCAUGAAGGUUAAAUAAAGCAUUUUGUAUGGAACAAAACUCCCUAAUUAUUACUAAGGCUGACUCAAACACUUUGGAAAUCAUAGUUAUUAACGAUUCUAAUUAAACCUUUUUAUGAAAA